AUGGGAGAUACGAAGGAACACAAUGUCGAGUUCGUUGAGGAGCUCGAGCACUCGAAGACGCUCGAUCACACGCAGACGCUCGAGCAGGUCACGACGAUGGGAACAGUCAAGUUGACUGAUGGAGCAGUCGUCUACAUCCCAUCACCCACUACGGACCCCCAAGACCCUCACAUAAAUAUUCGUCUUGAUGAGUUCAAUCGACUAAUAUGGGUAGUCUCGGCCGUCGGCCUCGCACUUGUCAGUGGUUUCGGAGGCUUGCUCGGUUUCUACAUCCCAGGAUAUGUCAAGAUUGGCAAGGACUACGCCGACAUCACUCAUCUAAUGACCUAUCCUACUCUUUUCAUGUAA